AUGGUUGAUGGCUUUCACUUCAGGCUGAUGGAUCGGAUUUCCCCCUUCGACUUUUUAUUGGAUGGGUUUCCAUUAACGAAUUGGAGGUUUCCCACCCUUCGGACUUUAUUGGAUGGACAGGUUUCCCCUUCAGAUUUUAUUAGAUCGGGUUUUCUACGGAUUUUUAUCAGGUUAGGUGAGGAUGAUGGGUGGAUAAUGGAUGGUGGAUGGUGUAUAUAG